AUGCCGCCACCGCUUCCUUCUUCCCAUCGUGGCAUGACCGCCAACCCUCUCAAGCCCGUCGCGCGAUACCGCCCCGGAAAGCCGGUCGUCGAGGAACCAUCAUCAGAAGAAGAGGAGGAAGAGGAAGAUGAAGAGGAACAGCGGAAGAUCGAGGAGCGAGAGCGUCGUCGGCAGGAAGAGGCUCGGAGACGACUGCAGAGACAGCAACAGCAAAAAGCACCAAAAGCGAGCUCAUUCCCUUCAGGUGCUGCGAGCAGUAUUGCCAAAAAGGUGCAGGAUGUGAAGAUCGAGGAUGAAGAGGAGGAUGAAGAAGAAGGAUUCGUCACAGAUGAGGAAGAAAAGCCUACACCGCGCGCCGGAGAGGUAAAAGCAGCCGCUACGACAAAGGAAGAAGAAGAAGAAGAAGAAAGCGAAGAGGAUGAAGAAGAGGAAGAAGAAGAGGAAGAAGAGGAGGAUAGUUCGGAAGAGGAAAGCAGUUCUGAAGAAGAGGCACCCCGAAGAGUCCUCCUACGACCUACGUUCAUCAAAAAGGACAAACGGAACAACGGGACAGUUGCGGGGGCGGCGGCGACGAGUAACAAUACCAGGGCAGCAGGAGCUGGUGGAGCGAUUGCAACUGACUCGAUGGCCGACUCAGAGGCCCGCCGAGCGCAGCGACAGGAGAAAGCGGACCAGCUGGUGCGCGACCAGUUGGAGAAAGACGCGAUCGCGCGGUCGACUGCGAACCGGGCCUGGGACGACGACGACGAGCUAGUGGAAGCCGGCGAAGAAGGGGCGAUCGACGACCGGGACGGUGUCGACCCGGAAGCGGAGUACGCAGCGUGGAAGCUUCGGGAGCUUCAGCGGAUCAAGCGGGAGCGCGAGGCGAUCGAGGCAGCGGAGAAGGAGCGCGAGGAAGUAGAGCGGCGACGGAACCUGACGGCCGAGGAGCGCGAGGCAGAGGACGAGGAGUAUCUGGCUCGACAGAAGGAGGAGCGCGAGGCAACCCGCGGCCAGACCGGGUUCAUGCAACGAUACUUCCACAAGGGGGCCUUCUUCCGCGACGACCUCGAGCGCGAGGGGCUCGACAAGCGGACCCUGAUGGGCGCCCGGUUCGCCGACGACACCUCCUCCCGCGAAACCCUGCCGCAGUACAUGCAGAUCCGCGACAUGACCAAGCUCGGCAAGAAGGGCCGCACGCGCUACCGCGACCUCAAGACCGAGGAUACCGGGCGCUUCGGGGGCGGGUACGAGAAUCGUCGACCCUGGGCCCGGCGCGAGGGUGAUGCUCCCCCAAGCGAUAUCACAGACGACCGCUUCCUCCCUGAUCGACCGACAGGGCCGACGGGUGCAAAUGCAAGUGUGCUUCGUGAGCGGCGUGCAUCUCCGCGACAAAGGCCGAGGUCAAGGUCAAGGUCGAGGUCGAGGUCGAGGACUCCACGAAGACGGUCAAGGUCCAGAUCGUACUCUCCACGCCGAGACCGGCACGGCCGAGAGCCAGGCUCACGCAAACGCAGUCCAUCGCCGUAUGAUGAGAGGGACAAGCGACGACGGACAGUCAAGAGUACAAAUUAG